AUUUCAUACAUGUUAUUUUAAAAUGGGGAUACUACAAAUGUAAAUCGUGUUUGAAAAAUUUAUUGCGUGAAAAAUUGAAAGAUUGAUAAAAAUUCAAUUGUUAUAAUGAAAAUCAUUAUACUGAAUAACGUAAUCACGUCUACAAUCUAAAUAGACAGUGAAAUCGUGAGAGACAAAAUAUUUUUAUUUUUAAAGAUACAUGCCGCAUCUUUUUUCGAAGAUACGUUGGGGUUCAAAGAGUUAAAAGUCGCGCCGUAGAAUUAACGAUUGUGCAUAGAUCAUAUAAAAACACUAGUUCAAAUUACUAGAAAUUAGACAAAUUUCUAACGACUCUACAUUGGUAGUCCUGCUCGGAGCACAACGUGGCGUAAGUUGACAUUUGACUUGAGUUGUGAUAGGUUAUGUCAACCAGGUUUUGGCACUACAGUUGAGAGAUCAUAAUACACGCCUGGUGUGUCGAGUGGCUGAAUAAAUACGAAUAACCGAAGGCAAUUUAAAUCGCCACAAAAAAAAUUAAAAAAGGAAGUUUAAGAUUGAAGAUGCAAAUGAAUUAUUACGAAGUGCUCGGCUGCGAUAAAGAGUCUUCUCACGAGGAGAUCAAGCGUGCUUAUCGCGCACGCUUGCUGCGGUUUCAUCCCGAUAAGAGCGAUACUUCCAAAAGAGACGCUCGUGAAUUUCACGAGGUCCAACAAGCCUGGAGCGUGUUGGGACAUCCGCAAUCUAGAAGGGAAUACGAUGCAGCUUGCAAGCAGGAGGAGUUGGAAAAAGAGAACGAACUCGUGUAUGCUCGUCUCGCGUCCGACGAACUGGAAGAGGACGCUUUCGGCAACGAGUUGUUCUACCGCUGCAGGUGCGGCGAUCGUUACUUCGUGCAGCGUAAGGACCUUUGCCUGCGGAAUACUGUUCUGCAAGUAAUCUGCGAGAGCUGCACACUCGUCAUUCUCGUCGAGACUUAACGUGAAUGAAUGCUAGGCUUUUUAUCAGUGACACAAUGCAAAUGGCAAUGUUUCUCGAUGCAAUUGCGCGUAGGAAUUUUCUCGAAAAUACGUAUGCCUCAUGAAAGCGAGACUGAAUUUCUUUUUUUAAGACGCGUAUGUCCCCCGAGUGAGAACACGAGCUUGGACUUAAUUUUUGUUCCUUGAGCAAGUGAGCUCAUGUAGUGAUUAACGCAGCGACAAAGAUUAAUUCGUGGUGCGUUCCUCUCAGCGUUUUGGUUGUGCAGUACGAUAAAACAAGAUUCACAGUUUAUGUAGAAAGAGGUCGAAAUCGAAUAUUUAUUUUGUACAAAAUAUGUUUCUUAGCACAAGAACGUUGUGUGUACAGUUGUAAUAAUAAAUUUAAAAAAGAAAAAUAAAACAAAAUCUAAAAUAUGCAGCAACAUCUUUUUUUCUAUUUCUUAUAUAUAAAAAAUGAUACAACAGGUAACACAUUCUUAUAAUAUAAACUAUUGAGCAAUAUACAAAUAAACACGACACCUAAGUCUAGCCUAGGUCCAAUAAUAAAGAUUUUAUGCAUUUGCACAAAUAGCGUAUUUCAAGGUAAUGCCAUUCUUGAUAUUUGAUUCAGCAGAAUCCAUAUAAAAUUCGUCAGUAACAUUUGAUGUCACAAUGAUGAGUCUAAGUCUUCUUUGUCUCACAAUUUGCACUAGAUGGAAAGAUCUGGCUAAUACAAAUAUUCUAUGUUUUUCUUUUUCUCUCUCUCUCUCUCUCUCAAGGCAAAUCUACUCGCCACUGCUGUUGAUUAAGUCAUGCACUGAUACUGCAUGUUAUAAAAUUCAUACGUUGGACAUUGCUGCUAUUUGAUAAAGGUAAAAGCUUGUACUGUUCAUCAUCCCGCUAUUGCACACGAA